AUGACGCCACGCCCCGGAAAGGUGGAGGUGCCCAUCGCCGGGGAGGUGAUCAGCAGACGGCCGAAGGGAGCCGCAUCCCGGGCCCACUACAAGGCAACUCACAAAGAUGAGGGAGAGGAUGUUAGCCGGGAUCUGCAGAAGAUCGUGCGGCUGGAUGGCCCUGCAAAGAUCAAUUGGCUUUGCAAGGCACUUCCGCUGCUUAGACGACGGUCAAUGACAGCGGCUCAAUUCCUCGACAUUGUCUGCAAUCAGAGGUUCGCUGCGAACAUAGACGACGUCAUGCCGUGGGGCACGCAGAUGAUCAGCAUGCUGCGGCGCGAACUGGACGACCUCCAGCCGCAGCAGGUGCAUCACCUUCAGCAGAGUGACCUGUGGCGGCGGUUCGCCGAUUCUGAUGACGAGCGCGCCGUGGUGGCUGCCACAACAUCUUCAGCGCCCGGACGUGCAGCCGCCUUCCGCGCUGCUGUGGCAGCUGACAAGGACAAGCUACCUGCGCCGGUGACUAUGGGCUGUGGAGCAAGCGCUCCCGUGGCCAGCGUUGGACGUCCCGUGUACUUCAGCGGGCAGCGCUAUGAUGAGAAGCGUCCACAGGCGAGGCGGAACCCGGAGUCCUACAGAACCCGCAUCGUCACCAUGCUUACGGACGAGGGCGACUUCGAAGUGCAGGUGUCCUCGAAGUCCGAGCCAGAGCCAGAGCCCCUGGAGAAAAAGAAGGUUACGUUCGCAUUCGUGUCAGAGGGCGACGACGAGGUGCAGUUUGUGCAGGAGCUGCCGAAGAAGAGAGUGACCUUCUCUGUGUUGGUGGACACACACUUCUUCAGGGACGAGGAUGCUCCCCUGGCGAGGCCUGUGCAGGUUUCGGUCGCGUGGGGCGAUUCUCCUAUGCCACCGCGAAAGGUUCUGCCACGAGUCCCGAAUCAGCCAGAGACGGAAGAGAUGCAGGAUAUGCAUCCUUUCUGCCAAGGCUUGCGCGAGCUUCCCGUGCUUUGCACAGAAUGCACGGAUGCUUGA